GUAGCCGUUAUUGUCGCACGAAAUGUUAACCCAAAAAUCUCUUCAAAACAAAACAACUCCGUAAAAGUGUAAAACCCAGGAAGAAAGUAGAGAACAAUGGCGAAAAUGGUAAGCACAGCAACAACAUCAUCCACAACCAGAAAACUCAUCCCUCUUUCUCUCUCCUCAAAGGCCGCCACCCCUCUCAUCUUCCCCGCUUCCUUUCUCUCUCUUCACAAAUCCCAACGCCGACCCAUUUCAUUACAAUCCAAAGCAUUCGGCAAAUCAACCUCAACACCCAAAACUGACAAUAAACAACAAAUUGUUGAAGAAGAAGAAAUUGAAGUUGAAGAAGAUCUUCCAUGGAUUCAAGAAAAAGCUUUGGAUUUGGUGGAAUUCACUGGUUCAGUCACCCAAGCUAUCCCUGGCCCGCGAGUUGGGCAAACCUCUUUCCCUUGGUUUCUUGCUGUUCCUUUAGCUCUUUUGGGUGUUACUUUUGUCACUAGUUUUGUUAAGGCUCUUAAGAAAUUCACCUCACCCAGAGAAAAACGCCGUAAAUUGGUAAGAAAAAAUGCCACCCUGAACAAGGCAAUUGAUGAACUCUUUGAGAAAGGCAGAGAUGCAGUUCAGUAUUCAGCUUUGGAGGAUAUCGUGAAUAAGACAGGUUUUGGUAUGGAGGAUAUUCUGCGGAAGUACAUUCGUUAUGCAUUCAAUGAUAAACCAUUCAAUGGAGACACAGUUGUAGACUUAAUUCAACUGAGGAAAGCCUCAAUGUUGAAUGAUUCCCAAGUUGCUGAAGUUUUAAAUGAUUUAUCAAGAAGAAUUGUGAAGGACAAAGGUCCUGUUGUCAUGGAUGCUUCAGGUUAUACUGAAAGGGGUUUCAAGAGAAAGCUUGCAGUGCAGGCUCUUUUUGGAAAGGUUUUCUAUUUAUCUGAGUUGCCGGAGUUUUGUUCAAGGGAUAACUCUUUAAUUGUGAAGGAAAUCUUUGGGGUUACAGAUGAAGACGCAGAUAAGCUACGGAUAGAAUCAAACUCUGGAGAUAUAGACGCCCUUGAAAAGAUGAUUGCAGAUGGUUCUGAUUCAGAAGACAAUGAAGAAAGCUCAGAAUGAGUCGAUACAAAAUAAAAUCAAGGGAAAAUUUUAGCUGGUUUCCAGUCGCAACUUUGAUGAAAUAUCGGUUGCCAUGAGCAGUUAACCUUUGGUGGUUGUCCACUCGUAUUCAGGUUGCCCUCUUUGGUUGUGUAUACAGUUGCUCGAUCAUGGGAGCAUUGUCCGUGGGGACGUUUGGGUUGGGUUGGGUAGGGGAUUGCGGGCUAUAUAACCCGGGAAUGUACCAACUUAGGUCAUUUUUUUUCUUUUAAUCUUGGCUUUUUUAGGCAGAAAAUCAGCCAAUUUUGGAUAAUCGACAGAGUAUAAUAAUACUUGCUUUUUUUAGGGUUUGAUAUGAAAUGUCCAAAUAAAAUGAUGGUUCUCAA